CGGCCGCACUGGUGUUAUAUGCUCAUAAUUUGAUAUAGCUUGUGAUUGAAUUAGAACUAUCUUACCGGUGCCUUCCGCGGUGUUCGCAACCAAACAAGAUUACUGCAAGCAGGCCGCGGCAUUGAAUUUGUGCGUGACCCAGCCUGGGAGCGGCCCGAAGCAGCCGGUCAGGUCGCCGCCAUGGACUACGCGUACCUGAACCAGGGCGGCUUUGACCCAAACAGCUCGCUGUCAUCUAUGGACCCGUCCGGCCUGCCCAACAUGACCUACUCGUACAGCGAGCUGGCCUCCUGCAACCAGAUGAGUCAAGCGUACCGGUACUCGGCGGCGGCGGCGGCGGCCAGCAUGCGGCCCUACACGCCGGCCAUGGCGGCGCCGUCGCCGUGCGGGGUCAUGGCGAGGCCGCAGGAGCAUCACCGGCCACCCUUCCAUCACGGCAUGAACCUGCAGGGACUGCCCUACAAGAUGUACAGCGCCCACGACACCAUGCUGACGGAGAAGCGGAAGCAGCGGCGCAUCCGCACCACUUUCACGUCGGCGCAGCUGAAGGAGCUGGAGAAGGCCUUUCAGGAGACUCACUACCCAGACAUCUACACCCGUGAAGAGAUCGCCAUGAAGAUCGACCUCACGGAGGCCAGGGUCCAGGUGUGGUUUCAAAACCGGCGGGCAAAGUUCCGGAAACAGGAACGCAUGAACCAGCAGAAACAGGCGGUCAACAACAACAACACGGGAGACGCGGGCGCAGGCGGCCAGGCGAACAAAACGGAUGGCAAGCCACCGACUGGACAGAGCAAGGACACGAAACCGACUCCGCCCGGUCAGGAGCUGGACUCCAAACCACACCCUCCAGUUUCGUCCCCGGAUGUCAACAAGUGGGCCCCUGUGGCGGGCAGCUCCAACAGUCCAUCCCCGCACCAGGUGGCGCCUCCGCCACCACCGCCUCCGCCGCCUCCGCCGCCGCCGCCGCCCCGGUCUGGCCAGAACACGCCGCCGCCACUCAGCACCGCCAGUCACGUGUACGGCCCGCCGCCGCCGCAGAGUGCCCUGCCCGGCGGACCCUUCUCCAGCCUGCUGAACUCGGCCGCGCCCUACCUGCUGGGCGGCGAGACGCGGGCACUGACCCACCACCACCUGUUCUGAGCGGCGAGGCUGGGAUCGGCCCGUCACCGUCUCCUCUGAUUAGCGGGACUGCGAACUGAACUACCAUCUUUUCUUCUGAGCGACUGUCUGUUCCGAGCGACGAAAACAGGUAACUGACCCACCACCGUCUCUUCUGAGCAGCGAGAGCCGAAGACUGACCCACCAUCGUCUCUUCUGUGCGUCCCUCUCUUCUGAGCGACGAGACCUGGGCACUGACCCACUACCGUCUCUUCUGAGCGGCGAGACGCCUAAGGCCGUUGGGGAACCCGCAGUCAUGCACCGGCGGUCAACUGGCGGGAAGCCGGUCUAGAGCGAGACCCGUCGAAUGCGGGAACCAUCGCUGGUCAUGUACGGACCGCUGGAAGGCUCCGAAUGGGGUCGGCAGAGACAUCUAGCGGGCGGGAGCGCCGUCCGUGCCACGGCGCCCUCUGUGUUCUCGAUCUCGGGGAGGAGAAAGGUGGCGCGCCUGGCGGAAUAGGACGCGUACAGAGGCGUGCGCGUGGUGGACGACGAAGCCACGCAACGCGGGAUGACAUCAGGGAUCCGAGAGUCACCUGCCAUGAAACGCCGUCAGCCGCCCUAGCGCUGUUCCAGGCGUUUCCAAGCUCCACAUGUCCGAGUGUGAGCCAGUUGUCAUCGAGUAUGCUGCUGAGUUUGAGUGAGGUGGUCGUUGCCGGCGUGACGCAGGGCGUGCUGCGUCGCGGCGGGUCGUUACUCGUGUGACAUGACCCAUAUUUUCGGGAUCAUAUCACUUAAUGUGUGUCCAAACCGUCUUAAUUUGUUGUGGGCCUUGUUUCCUGUGUCGUGUGACACGCUCGUUUGACCGUGUCAUUCGACACUCCCACCCAUGCCGGUGUCGCAUGCCUGACGCAUGAACGAUAUCGUGACGCAAAUAUGAGACUUUCCGUGUCGUGUCACUGAAGGUGCGCUCGUGUCGCGCCGCACACGCAUCGAUUGCGCAUCGACUGCACGAUGCCCACGCCGA